AUGGUGAAAUGUACUAACAAAGGCUGUGGGAAGGAGUUCGACGAAGAGGCAAACUCGGGCGACGCGUGUUCAUUCCAUUCUGGAGGCCCAAUCUUUCACGAAGGUCUCAAGAGUUGGGGCUGCUGCAAUGAUGUGAACAAGCCUGUCCUCGACUUCGAUGACUUCAUGAAAAUCCCGGGGUGCACAAAAGGGCGUCAUUCUUCUCAAGCUCCGAAGCAAAGUGCGCCACAAACGUCCACCAUUUCUACCCAGCCAACAGCGUCGCAGCCUAAGGUGAAGCCCAUCACAACGACAUCGGAGAAUGGCGUAGAGACCUUCAAGAACGAGCAAUUAUUAAUGAUUUCUCAAUUGAGUCUCAACCCUACUCCAUCCGCAACCCCACCACCACCUGUGGAGGAUGAGGAUGAUGUCGAUGUUGGUGUGUCGCCUGGCGCUAAAUGUCUGCGUCAAGGAUGCGGAACAGAGUUUCUCAGCCAAAAGGAGAGCCGGAUAGAGGGCGGAGAGCAUUCUGUUUGCACAUAUCACCCAUUGCCUCCCAUUUUCCAUGAAGGGAGCAAAGGGUAUAUGUGUUGCAAACGGAGGGUGCUCGACUUCGACGAUUUUCUCAAGAUAGAAGGUUGCAAGACAGGGAAGCAUGUGUUCGUGAAGAAAGCGCUCGUUGGGACUUCAGGCAAAGGAUUCGGGGAGUUUGUCAAGUGCCGUAUUGAUCAUUAUCAAACACCUGACAAAGUUCAUGUCUCCGUCUACGCAAAGAAGGCGGACAAGGACAAGAGCAAGAUCAUAUUUGCCCCAGAUGAGAUCCACCUUGACCUUUCACUUCCGCAAUCAAAACGAUUUAUGCAGACGCUGACCCUAUAUGACUCCAUUAAUCCGGACUCAUCAAGCUUCACCUUUUUUGGCACAAAAGUUGACCUUCUAUUAGAUAAAGCCUCCGCCACCUCUUGGCCAUUCCUGGAAAAACCCUCUGAGGCGACCAUAGCAAACUUGCCCCCCGGAUACGGUUUGACCUUCGGAGUGGGCGGUAGAACCGGUGCGACGACGCCCGUGUUUGAUUUAGACAAUAAGGUAAAAGCUGAACCGAAGUAG